AUGACCAGGGACUGUCAUAAAUACUUUCUCCUCCUGGCCUGGGAAGAGGAGGCUGGCAGGCCGGUCUGCUCUGGAGCCUGCACCUUAUCUUUUAGAGGGCUGAGGGGAUAUCUCUACAGUUUAUGGUCCGGCGAAAUCCCUGCCACACUGCUCUUCUUCCGGGUCUUUGUGUCUUGGAAUGCGACUGUCCUGAGUGUGCCGCCACAGCCGCCUGCUCCAAGAUCCCACCAGUCCCGAACCCCUGGCCGGACUUGGUCCCCCCCCCCUUUUUUGGGGGGGAAGGGUCCCUCGCCUUUUCUUCCUUUCUUUCAUUUGAUUGUUUUGUUUUGUUUUUGUUUUUCUUUUACACAUAACUGGUUGCUUUCCCUUCGGGAGCCAGGAAAUAAAGAACCACAAGCAGCCAUCCUCGCUGGGAAGUCUCUGUACCUCGCCUCGAGGCCUGCACCACCGCCUUUCUAG